AUGGAAGCAAAAAUCGAUGGUAGGCAAUUUCACCACCUUCGCUUUACUGAUGACAUCGUCUUUAUAACACCAAACAUUAGUCAAGCAGAACAUAUGUUUGCCGACUUUGAUAAAGUCUGUGGAAAGAUUGGUCUCCGACCGAUGUUGAUGAAGAACGGAUUAGUUUCGCAUGUCCCAUUCGCGCUCAACGGAACGAAUAUCUCCGAAUGCUCCAGUUAUAUCUAUCUAGGUCGGGAAAUCAAUACGAUGAACGACUUAGCUCCAGAGCUGAGCAGAAACAAACAAGCGGCUUGUGGAGCUUUCAAGAGCAUCAAGGAUGCAGUGAACAUAACAAAGAAUACCCGACUCCAUGCCCACCUUUUCGACUCAACGGUACUUCCUGCCCUAACGUAUACGUCAGAAACCUGGUCGCUACGUAAGCAGGAUGAAAGAUCACUCAGCGUUUUCGAACGCUCAGUCGAAAGGACGAUGCUAGGAGUACCUCGUUUCACACAAGUAAGGGAUGGGAUCCGAAGCACCGAUCUGCGCCAACGAUCAAAAAUCAAAGAUGCCGUUCUGUACGCGAAACAGUCGAAGAUAAGGUGGGCCGGACACGUAAUGCGUAUGAAUGACAACCGAUGA